AUGGAUCUUUUGCCAGGAUAUGUAGCUGGUUCUCCAGUUACUGGUAAUGAAACUGUUGAGAUUGAUAGAUUACAGAAGCAACUAGCCACAAAGUUUGAUAUGAAGGAUCUAGGUACACUCAAGUACUUCUUGGGCAGUGAGGUAGCCAGGGGGAGUGAGGAUGCAGAUUGGGCUGAAAGUAUCACAGACAGAAGAUCGACAUCAUGUUACUUUACCUUUGUGGGAGGUAAUCUGGUUACAUGGAAAAGCAAGAAACAAAAGGUGGUGGCAUGGUCUAUUGCGAAAGCUGAGUAUAGAGAUAUGGCUCAUGGGUACACUCUCAUUCAAGGUCUCUGUAUCAACAAGAAAGACCCAGAUAAAGCUUUGUUGGUUUUAAGCAAUAUGCGACGUCGAGGCAUGUAUCCUUCUUCUUUCACUUUUUGUUCGUUAAUUUAUAGAUUUAGCUCUAUAUGGGAUAUGAGCAAGGCAAUUGAGGUUGUGGAGUUGAUGAAAGAUGCUAGAAUCAAUUACCCAUUUGACAAUUUUGUUUGUAGUUCUGUGAUUUCUGGGUUUUGUAAGAUUGGGAAGCCAGAACAUGCUUUUGGGUUUUUUGAGAAUGCAGUAAAGGCUGGAGCUUUGCAGCCUAAUGUUGUGGUGUAUACAGCACUUGUUGGUGCUCUUUGUAGAGUAGGAAGAGUUAGUGAGGUUUGUGAUUUAGUUUAUAAAAGAGAAGGAUUGGAGUUUGAUGUUGUUUUAAAUAGUAGUUGGAUUUGUGGUUAUAUUUCAGAAGGGAUGCUAAUGGAGGUGUUUCAGAAGAAGAGACUGAUUGUAGAUAAAGGCAUUAGACCGGAUGCAGUUAGCUAUAAUAUACUCAUAGAUGGGUUUUCGAAGCUUGGAGAUGUAGAAAAGGCAAGUGGUCUUUUGGAGAAGAUGAGGCAAGGUGGGUUAGAACCCAGUUUGAUCACUUAUACUGCCAUCAUGUUGGGAUUUUGCAAGAAAGGAAAAUUGGAGGAAGCAUGUGCUAUUUUGAAGCUGGUUGAAGAUUUGGAAAUUGAAGUUGAUGAAUUUAUGUAUGCAACUUUAAUUAACGGAUUUUGCAUGAAAGGUGAUCUUGAUGGUGUUUUCCGUCUGCUAGAUGAAAUGGAAAAGAAGGGGAUACACCCAAGCAUUGUUACAUUUAAUACGGUAAUUAAUGGAUUAUGCAAAUUUGGGAGGACUGCUGAGGCUGAGAAGAUCUCAAGGGGCGUAUCUGGAGAUACCAUUACAUAUAGUACGUUGCUACGUGGGUAUAUUGAGGAAGAAGAUAUAUCUGGGAUGUUAGAAACCCAGAGGAGAUUGGAGGAAGCUGGAGUGUAUAUAGAUGUUGUUAUGUGUAAUAUACUUAUUAAAGCACUAUUCAUGGUGGGGGCAAUUGAGGAUGCUUACACACUGUACAAGGGAAUGCCAGAGGGUUUGACUGCAUAUUCCAUUACAUACUGUACAAUGAUUGAUGUAUACUGUAAAAUUGGUAGAAUUGAUGACGGAUUAGAGAUAUUUGAUGACUUUAGAGUGACACCACUUUCCUCAGUUGCGUGUUAUAAUUGUAUUAUAAAUUGGCUGUGCAAGCAGGGAAUGGCUGAUAUGGCCACAGAGGUGUUUAUUGAACUUGAUCAGAAGAGCUUGACUUUGGAUGAAGGUAUCUCCAAAAUGCUUUCAAAGGCAACUUGUAAACAAACAAGUGCAACUAGAGUUCUAAACUUGGUUCACAGAGUGAGAAAUUUGAGGCCAGGUAUGUAUGCUGUUAUCAGCAAUGGUGUGAUCAGUUUCUUGUGCAAGAGAGGGUUUCAUAAGUCUGCAUUUGAAGUGUAUGCAGUGAUGAAGGAAGGGUCGGUGGCUACAAGAAACAUUUACUAUCUAAUCUUGGAAGGGUUAAUAAAUGAUGGAAAAGAGUGGCUAACUCUCCCUCUUUUAAGUAUCUUUAUUAAAGAAUACGGACUAGUUGAACCUAAAGUAAGCCAGAUUCUUGCUUACCACAUGUGCCUGAAGGAUGCCAAUGAUGCUCUCUGGUUUUUAGAAAAGAUCACGGGCAGAACUACAGCCAUUACUUUGCCUGUUUCUCUUUUUAAGACACUUAUGAUGAAGGGUAAACCUUUGGUUGCAUAUCAGCUUUUUAUGGAGGCUGAAGAUAGUGUUCCUAUUCUGGAUGCAUUUGAUUAUGCGCUCAUGGUUGAUGGCCUUUGCAAGGGAGGAUAUAUUAGUGAGGCGCUAGAUCUCUGUGGUGUCGCUAAAACUGAGGGAAUCACUCUGAAUAUUAUCACUUAUAAUUCUGUUAUGAAUGGAUUGUGCCGUCAAGUUCAUCUUGUUGAUGCAUUUCGGCUGUUUGAUUCGUUAGAAAGAAUUAAUUUGGUACCCUCAGAAAUCACAUAUGCUACAUUGAUUGAUGCCCUUGUAAGAGAGGGGUUUCUGCUUGAUGCAAAGCAAUUAUUUGAAAGAAUGAUGCUUCCAUUACCUUUAGCGAGGCACCAGAUAUCGUGCGUGCACCUGCAGGUGUUCACUGUUUAUUUAUCUAUGUUGUUCACCAUUAAUUUGCAAGUUGGAAAUGCUGGUAUUGUUGAUCCGCAAGUCUUAGUUGAGUACAUCCAAAUAUCCAAUUGA